AGUUGUGUAAUUUACGUGUAUAAUUGUACGUGUGUGUGUUAAAUCAAAUUUGAUUGAUUUGUGGUGGGUGUGUUUGAUUCUGUUUCAUCAACAUCAUCAUCAUCAUCAUCAUAGUGUUGUUUUUCAAUUAUCCGAUGCCAUAUUCUAUAACAAUCAACGAACCAGAAUUGGACUCAACAAUUUCAACAACAACAACUACAACAACAACAAUUAUUAAUGAUGAUGAUGAACAAAAUAUUUAUUGUUUGAAUCAAAAAUUCUCUUCAUUAUCUCCACCUCCAUUAUUACCGUAUGAUUUAUUAACAACGUGGCCAUCAUUUUUAUCAACAACAAACGGUGAACAACAACAACAACAACAACAAAAUUCAUCACCAACAACAAUAACGACGGCGAUCCAAAAACAAAUCUCUACUAAUUAUUCGGAACAACAUUCACCAUCGUCAUCAUUGUCGAUGAAUGGUGUUGUACAUCAUAGUUCAGCCGUUACGGCUACUAGUGCAACAAGCGGAAAUAAUAUUGGUUCGGUUGUUGGUGAUUUAAUUACCAAUGCCGAUAUGGGCCAAUAUUUACAGCUUGCACAAAAAAUUCAACUAUCCAAUGUGGCUACAACAGCAUCAAUCACAACCAACAACAACAACAAUAAUAAUAAUGAUAAUAAUGAUAAUUGUUCAUCAUCAACGUCAUCAUCAUCGACACCGACAACUACAGCGAUCAAUUCGACUAUAACCACAACCGGUAACAACAACAACAACAACAGCAAUAAUAAUAAUAAUAAUAAUCUUGUAACAACGGCCAACAAUUCACAACAACAACAACAAUCAUCGGAUAAUAGUUUUGAUGCAAGCCAGAUUCAAUUCAUAUUAAGUCCAUCGGGUCAAUUUCAAACAGCUCAAAUUGUAUCCAGUAAUAAUUCAUCCGGUGUUGGUAAUGAUUGUACUAGUUCGAUUGUUUAUUCAACUAGUUCGGUUACAAGUGAUGAUCCUGGUACUGGUGAAUCGGAUGGAACCAAAAUAGAAUCAUCAACAGAAACAUUGUUAAACAAUGUUGUUGCUGCCACUGUUUCUACAUCUGUAUCAUCAAAUAAUGCCACUAGUACUGCGGCAGAUUCAUCAUCAUCUUCAUCAUCGGUAGCGUCAUCGGUUUCAGGAUCGAAUACGACAUCCAAUAAUAAUGUUCAACAACAACAACAAAUGGUACAACAACAAUCAGGUCUUGUGCAACAAGUGAUCUCGAAUUCUCAUAAUCAACAACAACAACAACUUCAUCAUCCUCAUUCGCAUCAGGCCAACGAUAAUGGCAAUAAUAAUAAUAAUAAUGUUCAAUCAUCUCAUCAAUCAUCAAACAACAAUGGCAAUCAACAACAACAGCAGCAACAACAAACAAACGAACAAAUGCAGAUUCGAGAUUAUCUAAGUGAAAUCAAUGUCUUACAAUCUGCUGCAGUCAUCAACAAUUCCAAUCAACAACAACAACAACAACAGGCCCAGAUACAAAUUGCAACCAAUAACCAUAAUAAUGGUCUCAUUCAACAACAACAACAAGCAACGAAUGCCACCACUACAACAUUAUUAUCGCUUGAUCAAGCGGCACUUGGCCUUCCAUCUAAUACAACUCUUUUGACGAAUGCAUCGUUUUUGGAUGGACAACAACAACAUCAUCUGAUGAAAAAUGGCUCCAUCAUUAUUGAUCCAUCAUUGACCGAUCCAUCUAAUCUUAACUAUGUUUACAGUACAUUGCAACUACAAUUAGCUACCGCAGAUCAUCAAAAUAAAAAUACUAUCAUGGAUCAUGCUACAAAAUCAUCACCAAUAUUUGCGAUAGCAACAUCGGCAACAAAUACUGCCGAACUUGUACAUGGUCAAACAAACAACAGUAUUAUGCAACAACAAAAUGGUGCUCAACAACAAAACAAUUCCAAUAAUAAUAAUAACAACAACAACAAUAGUGCAGCUUCUCGCAGAGGUCGAGGUCGUCCAAAGAAAUAUUCCGAUCCAUUAUCAUUAGCUGUUGAACAAUGCCUCGAGAAUAGUAAUAGUCCUACUCAACAACAACAACAACAAUCUCAGCUUCAACAAAUCCAACAACAACAGCAGCAGCAACAACAACAACAACAACAACAACAACAACAAUCUCAAAUUCAGCAAAUCCAACAGCAACAACAACAACAGCAAGCGACUGCCACCACCGUAUUGGUCACAACGACAAAUACCGGUAAUGGACAACAACAACAACAAUUAACUCAAUUUGGUACACCAUUAACGGUGACAAGCAAUAUGAAUACAAAUCAAUUGCUUCAAGCUGCCAAUGCUUCGAAUACUACCACAAACACUACUCAACAAGCAGCAACAACAACAAUGAUGAUGAUGACAACACCGACCAAUAUACAUCGUUGUCGUUGGCAAGGUUGUUCAUUUGCAUCAACCGAUAUAUUGGAAUUUCGUAAUCAUAAUCGUACACAACAUCGUGAUGAAUCGACAAUUAUACCAUCACGAAAAGGAAAAUCAUCUUCAUCAAAAGAUCCAUUGAUUUGUGAAGUACCUGGUUGUGGUUAUUCACCAAAAUAUCGUCGUUUAUUGAUUGAUCAUCAAAAUGCUCAUAAAGGAUUACGAGCACAUAAAUGUUGUUUUUGUGAAUAUAAUUCUUCGUAUUUUGGCGAUAUUCGUAAACAUAUGAUUAAAAAACAUCCAGAUCUAGCACAAGAAAUCAAACUUACCAAACUUAAACUCAAACAAAAUGGUGGUUUGGAUAAUAAAAAAGGAACGAAAAAACAUAGAGUCGAUGAAAUGGGCAAUAAAAUUGAAACAAAAUCAAGAAAACAACAAUCAAACAGUACUGAUAAUGAUCCAAAUUCUAUCGGUGGUAAAGGUCGUAAACGAAAUUAUAAUCGCAAAAAUUCAAAAAAGAGCAAAAAAGAUGAUGCAUCAUCAAAUGCAUUAAACGCUGCCCAAGUUGCUCCCACUACAUUGACAUUGCCAGGUGGAUUAACGUUGGCCACACCGAACGUCGGUAACAAUGGCAAUCAAAUCAAUCAGCAAUAUCAAUUUAUUGGAACGCCAACCGGAUAUCAUCCACUGCAAUUAAAUAAUGCUACUCAGGCCGAUUUGGCCACACUACAUUCAAUGGGUUCCAAUUAUGGUACGAAUGCUUCGACAACCAAUACACCGCAUGGUCUAAUGCCACAAACGGCAAUCAUUUAUCUACAAACCACUAAUGCAUCGGGCCAACCAUCCACUAUACAGAUUUCUUCUAACGAUAUGAACGCUAUUAAUCAAUUGAUUGCUGCAGGUGGUGCAACAUAUGCCACUACUGCCGAUCUAAAUUCAUUGACCAAUGGUCAAUUGACAGCUUUGUCAUCCUCAAAUGGUCAACAUCAACUUCAGCUUCAACAUCAUAAUCAUCAUCAACAUCACCAACAACAACAACAACAGCAGCAGCAUCAGUUUGCGACGUCUAAUUCAUCAUCGGCUAUACUUGCGGCCACAUCUAUUUCCGGUACAUCAACCACAGGUCAACAACAACAACAUCAUCAUCAUUUAGUGCAAUCAUCUCAACAACAGCAACAACAACAAGCUCGUAAUGAUAUGGCCGUUGCGACCAAUGGUUUUGCAACGAUUGGUGCUGAUGGAACGCUAACAUUUCUUACAGAUCCGACGGCUGCUGCAGUUGCCGCUGCUGUCCAACAACAGCAACAACAAUCGAAUCAACAACAAACUGGUUCAAAUCAAUCUGGUGGUACAACAACAACCACAUUACAACAAGCUGCAGUCACAUUAUUUAAAUGUGAUUAUCCUUUAUGUUAUUUUCAAACCGAUCAAUAUGAAAGUUUAUUGAUUCAUAAACAUCGGGAUCAUUCUACGACCACAACCAAUUCAACGGUCCAUUUGCAACAACAACAACAACAGCAACAACUUCAGUUACAACAACAACAACAGCAGCAGCAACAACAACAACAACAACAGAUUACGAUAAUUGAUGCGGCCACAUUGGCUUCAUUGACCGGGCAAUCAAGCAAUCAAAAUGGACAACAACAUCAAUUGAUACAUCAUCAACCAUCAGGUGUUUAUACGUUGGCCAAUGCACAGCCAUUACCAACAUCAUCUUCAGCAAAUUCGGUGAUCAGUUCGCAACAGCAUUUUAUAUUGGAUCCCUAUAGUGGAAUGAUCACAACAACGGCAGCCAUCAAUCAGGCUGCUGCAUCUGCUACAGCAAAUAACAAUGAUCCAAAUGGUUCGAACAUUGCCAAUGGUGCAACUAUACUCAAUAUUAAUCAACUCAUCUCAUCAUCUUCAUCGCCCGGUACGACAACGACCAACAGCAAUGGAACAUCAUCAUCAACGGAUAUGUUGGUAAAAGGACAGAAAAGUAGUCCGUUAUUAAUCAAUAAUAAUAAUAAUAAUGGUACCGCUGGAUCGGUAGUGAUCAAUUCUACUUCUAAUGAUCAACUUCAACAACAUCAUCAGAUUGUCAAUGUUGGUGGUCAACCGCAUAUGAUAUUUACUGGCGAUCCAAAUACAUUGUCAUCAUUUUUCACUACACAAACUAACGCAAACAAUCAACAGCAACAGAAUCAAACAUCGACCAGUACGGUACAUCAAGUGGUAGCAACAAUUAAUCAAAAUGGUAUGGCUACAUUAACUCAACAACAACCACAACAAAAUAAUAAUAAUAAUAAUAAUGGUAACAAUAAUGGUGGAAGUCCACAAAACCUUGGUUCCAAUUCAUCAUCAUCAUCAUCAUCAUCGUCAACGGUAAUCACAAUACCGAAUAAUUCUUCAACAUCAUCAAUUGUAACUACAUCGGUAGCACAAUUAGCAGCAACAUCACAAUGAAUUCCAUUGAUAAAUUAAAACUAACAUUAGAAAUUGAUAAAUAUUGAUAAGAUAUAAUCAUAUAUUUCACCCACCUAUCAUACCCAUUUACCAUAUACCAUUCAUCAUCAUUUAUCAUCCACAUUCCAAAUGAUAGUCGUGCAUGUUUACAUCAUCAUCAUCUUAUAGU